UCUCUGAAUCUGGAAUAUAACCUCAGCAAACCCUUCUAAGGCCAGAGAUUCUCUCUCUCUCUCAUCUCUCCCUCUUCCUCUAUCUAAAAACCUCACCAUCUUCAUCGCCAACUGUAAGUCUUUGCUUCACCAACAAUUAAACCAUGAAGAAGCUCUACCGAAAGGGAGCGGUUCAUCCGUCACCACCAAUCAUAUCAGACCACCUGGCCUUUCUUCCCGCCACCAUCCUCACCCUGGCGGCGGCUCUGUCACCCGAGGACAGAGAAGUCCUGGCUUACCUUAUCUCCUGUUCUAACUGCUCCGUCAACUUAUCCUCCUCAUCCUCGUACGCUCCUCCACGUAAUAGGACAACCGCCACCGCCAAAAAGACGGCAGCAGCAAAGGGCGGCAGCGGGAGCGGUGGGGUUGGCGGGGACCACCCGGCUAGGUUUAACUGCGACUGCUUCAGGUGCUACACGAGUUACUGGGUCAGAUGGGACGAGUCGCCAAAUCGCCAACUCAUCCACGAGAUCAUCGAUGCUUUUGAAGAUGAGCUGCUGACUGAGAGCAAAGGGUUUUCAUCAAAGACUAGUAGGAAGGAGAGGAGGAACAAGAGUAGGGCUAAUAAUGGCUCGGGUGAGUUGAAGAGGUCCGAGUUGAGUGUGAAAAGGAAGGAGCUGGCUCAGUCUCACACGGCGGAUCAAGAGGCCGGUGGUGGCGGCGGAGAGGUUGUUGAGGAAGCCUCGGAAAAAGGGUCAGUGAGAAGGUUUGUGAGCUUUCUUGGAGAGAGAAUAUGGGGUGUGUGGAGUCAAUAAUUAUUGGGUUAAGUUCUUCUGCUUCCCUGAAGACGGUAAUUAAGCUCUAAUAUGGCUUAAUUUUGAGGGUUUUGACUGCACAAGUGCAACUGCGGAAUUAGAAAGCUGGUUUGUUUGUAUUGCAACAAUGUCGAACAAUCCAUCGUUUGUGUCUUUUUUCAUUUUGGUCGUAACUCCGUCGUUCUUUUCUAAGCAAGAAUAUUUGGCAAAUUAUUGCCAAAUUCACAGUGUGAACUGGAUGCAUGGGUGUUUCCGUUCCUAUUAAAAAUGUCAUCAAUCAUAUACUACUACAUUUCACCUCAACUUUUAUAUGUAACUUUGCACGAUUGUCUUGUAAUAUAACUAUCACAUGGAAUCUGUGAUAGGUUUAUAAAGUAAGUAAUGAUACUUUAGGUACACUACUUUGUAUUUAUAAAACUAAGAGAAAUGUUAAAGAGGCUUUUUCAAA